AACAAAAAAGGCUUCAUUUCUUAGAUUCAUCUGGCUGAAUGUAGCUCAAUUUCCACAGCUGUGGUGGUCCAAUCCGGCGCAGCCUGCGUCCUCCAGCCUGGAUGGUCUCCUCUGCUGCUUGCGACACCUAGCGGUAGACGUAGAGCCUAACACCCAAACUCAGCAUCCUCAGCUGUCACUGAAUCACAUGCAUACAGGCUAUAGUCUCUGCAUACGAGGAUCACACGGUGUCAUGCGUUUUAAACACAAGCAGGAAUGUCUAAGAACAGCUUUCAAACAGCAAUGAAACGUUGCUCUGGAUUAUCUCUAACAGUACAUUUAGCUCUAUUUGCUGUCUUGAACACACCCCGCUGAGCACCCCGAUAUUGUUCAAGAGGAAUAAUGGCUGCACAGGAGCCGUCUCCACCAUCUUCCCUGGAAGGCAACAAACCGGGCUUCCCAAAGAAAAUACUCGCCAACAACCUCGAAGACAAACAUCUGUGCAAUUCAUGCCAGAAAGUCCUAAGAAGGCCUUUGCAAGCUCAGUGUGGCCAUCGCUUUUGCUCGUUCUGUUUCAACAAAAUUGUGAGUUCUGGGCCACAAAAAUGCAGCGCUUGCAUUAAAGAAGACCUGUUUGAGGAGCCCACCUCUAUUCUCAAGCAAGGUGGUGCUUUCCCUGACAACGCAGCACGGAGAGAGGUGGAGGCUCUUGCAGCUGUAUGUCCAAAUGAAGGAUGCACGUGGACGGGAACUAUCAAAGAAUUUGAGGCAAGCCAUGAGGGCAACUGUGACUUCAUGAUCAUCCUUUGUCCCUCCUGUAAAGAGCUGAUGAGAGCUAACGAACAGGAGCGCCACAACGAGAGAGAAUGUCCGGAGAGGACGCUCAACUGUAAAUACUGCAAAGAACCUUUCCUGUUAAAGAACAUCAAGGCUCACGAUGAAAUCUGUCCGAAGUACCCGAUGAUUUGUGAAGGCUGUGCAAAGAAAAAGAUUCCCAGAGAAAAGUAUGUGGACCAUAUUAAGUUCUGCAGUAAAUUUAAAGCACCAUGCAGAUUUCAUGUUGUUGGCUGCGAUACGUCUGUGGAGAAAGAGAAAAUCCAUGACCAUGAGCGGCAGUGUUCUUACGAACACCUCAACUUGCUCUUACAUUUCAUCAUGGGGAUCAAGGUGAGCCUGGAGAGUCUACAGCCUCAGAGCCUGGAGGUGGCCAGCCACAAGCUGCAGGAGCUCCAUCAGUCCCUAAGGGACCUGGAGCUGAAGAUGAGCCAGCUGGGAGGGGGUGGUGCAGCUCCCGUGCAGGGUGCAUGUGCCCCAACCAUGGCCACCUCCUUCACCCCGCUGCCCAGUGCUAUGGGUGCCGCCCUAGAACUGCAGCUCCAGAGUGAGAAGACCAAAGUGGCUGAGCUGAGCAGGCGCUGCCAAGAGCUGGAGCUCAAAGUGAGCACGUUUGAGAACAUCGUCUGUGUCCUCAACAGAGAGAUGGAGCGCUCCUGCACCACCAUGGAGGCGUACAACCGCCAGCACCGGCUGGACCAGGACAAGAUUGAGAUCCUCAACAACAAGGUCCGCCAGCUGGAGAGGACAGUGAGUCUGAGGGAUCUGUCUAUCGUGGAGAUGGACGGUAAAAUGAGGGAAAUGUCUGCUGCCACCUAUGAUGGCAUCUUUGUGUGGAAGAUCUCAGAUUUCACAAAGAAGAGACAGGACGCUGUGGCUGGCCGUGCCCCUGCUAUGUUCUCUCCUGCCUUUUAUACCAGUAAAUAUGGCUACAAGAUGUGCCUGCGAAUCUACCUGAAUGGUGACGGGACGGGCCGCGGCACUCACUUGUCUCUGUUCUUUGUGGUGAUGAGAGGACACAGUGAUGCACUCCUCAAGUGGCCUUUUAACCAGAAGCUGCAGAGAGCCAGUUGGGAGGGUCAAAAGAUCUGCAUGCAGCUGCGGGUGCUGCAGGUUGCCCUCCCCUAUGCCAAGUCUGGAGCUGUUUUUUUAGUCAGAAAAACUGAAAGAGAGACACUUGUGCACAAAUUCAGUGGGCUCCAUGGAAUUAAACCCCUCAGAAGACAAGCUUGAAUGCCUGGUGAAAUGGUCUUAAUUCUCAGCAGGACUAACCUUUUCUGUAUGUUAUUAACAGACAUCUGAAAAAGAUUAGAUAUCGUCUCAGUUUUAGGA